AUGAACUCCGAGUGCCACAUUUUCUUCAGGGGUCUAAUUAAAAAGCCAUUAUUAGAAAACCCCAAUGCAUUAAGCUUUCAACCUGGCAGUGAAAUACUGACAAGCUUUUUUAUGAAAGACUUGCAGAUGAGCGAGCGACUCAACCCCCGUCGGCAUAUGUUCCAGAAUGAGUUCACUCUGCCAUCGCCUCUGCUCCCGAAAAGGCCUCUCUUUACAAGUGUUACAUUUCAUCUCUCUGAAUUUGCUAGGGGUUCUUUAAAAAGUUUUUGUAAACAUUGGCAUUUCGCAAUGCAUUGGCAAAGCUUCUGGAAGGUCGAAGAGGAAAUAUUAGGAGGCCUGUACAUCCCACGCCGGUGCACCCGAUUGUCAGCUAAAUUCAAGGAACUGCUGGCGCCAGGAAAGAUUCAGCCCAUUCUUGGUAUAGGAAAUCUUUGUAGCAAAGAGAGUUAUGAUUAUCUCAAGACUCAGGCUACUGAGGUUCCUAUUGUGAGGGGAGAUGUCGAUGGGAACCGGAAUUCCCCAGAACAGAAAGCCGUGACUCUUAGGCAGCUCAGAAUUGGCGUGGUCCCUGGGCGUCAAGUUAUUCCAUGGGGAGGUAUGACCAGCUUAGCCCCGUUGCAGAGGCGGUUCGAGGUGGACUUUCUUAUCUCGGGACACACACACAAAUUUGAAGCAUUCGAGCAUGAAAAUAAAUUUUGUGUUAACACAGGUUCCACCACUGGAGCAUAUAAUGCCUUGGAAACAAUCCCUUCAUUCAUGUUGAUGGAUAUCCAAGCUUCCACCACUGUCACUUCUGUGUGGCAGCUAAUUGGAGAUGAUGUGAAAGUAGCAUGA